AUGGAGUUGCUAAAGGAUUAUGAUUGUACUAUUCUUUACCAUCUCGGUAAGGCCAAUGUAGUGGGAGAUGCCUUGAGUCAAAAAUCAAUGGGAAGCUUGUCACAUAUUUCUACUGAUAAGAGAUCAUUGGUUAGAGAGAUCCAUAGCUUGGGAGACAUAGGUGUGCAUUUGGAAGUUGCAGAGACAGAUGCAUUGCUAGCACAUUUUAGAGUUAAGGCUGAGCAUCAAAAGCCUGUAGGGCUACUACAACCAUUACUAGUACCCGAGUGGAAGUGGGAACAUAUUGCUAUGGACUUUGUAACGGUAUCUGACAGAGGAGCUCAGUUUACUUGUAGGUUUUGGGGAAAGUUGCAGGAAGGAUUAGGCACUAAGUUGGAUUUUAGCACAGCUUUCCACCCUCAGAUUGAUGGACAGUCUGAACAGACCAUACAGACAUUGGAGAAUAUGCUGAGAGCUUGUGUGAUAGACCUUGGUGUCAGGGUAAUGAGGUAUGGCAAGAAAGGGAAGUUAAGUCCUCGGUAUAUAGGGCUAUUCAAGAUCUUAGAAAGGGUUGGAGCGGUGGCUUAUCGUUUCGUAUUACCACUAGACUUUUCGAAUAUUCAUCCCGUGUUUCAUGUGUCCAUGCUUAAGAAGUACAACCUGGAUCCAUCACAUGUAAUACGGUAUGAAACUAUUCAGUUGCAAUAUGAUCUAACCUAUGAGGAACAACCGGUAACAAUCCUUGAUAGGCAAGUUAAAAAGCUCCGUUCAAAGGAUGUAGCCUCAGUGAAAGUGUUGUGGCGGAAUCACAGUAGCGAUGAGGUAAAGUGGGAAGCUGAGGAUGAGAUGCGGACAAAGCAUCCACACCUCUUCGAUAUGUAA